UACAGCGCACAACCUCUCCACGCUGUGUCUGCGCUUCAAAACGCACCAAGUCUCACUCUGACCUCACUGUCUUCUUGACUUCAGCUGGACAUGUACAAUUCGGAAUAUGACUCAGAUUUGAAGACUUCAAGGCAAAUCCGCAAAAAAACUUAGUGUACGUAGAGUCUCGUGGGAAGAGCCUAACGAAUGUCUUUAAGAGGAACUAUGGGGGGAGUGUCUCAUUCGAUUCAUCACCGGACAGACUAGCCGAAGAGCUGCUGGACCCGAUCCCGAACCGGACCCGAACUGGCUUUUUGGAGCUAUUUUUUUCACUGGCUGGGAAUAUAGUGCAACUUGGAUAAGCGUUAUUUUGCUUUUGGAGAGACGAUGAUGACGGUGGUGGUGAUGCACGCGCUCAGUCUCCACGCGUUCGCGCUCCUCUGCGCGCUACGAACCACGCUGGCGGCGAAUAACUAUCACUGCAAUGGGCCACUGGUCUCUGCUCUUCCUCCCACAUCGUUCCAAAGCUCCUCAUCUUCCUCCGACAGUCAGUCACCAUAUUUUGCCAAACUCAACAGAAGAGAUGGAGGUGGCGGCUGGGCUCCAGAACGAACAGACAGGCUACGAUGGCUACAGGUGGACCUGCGAGAAAGGGUCGAGGUCACAGCUGUGGCGACCCAGGGUCGUUUUGGGAGCCCUGAUUGGGUUACGAGUUACAUGUUGCUGUACAGUGACACAGGAAGAGCUUGGAAGCAGUUCAGACAAGAGGACAACAUAGGGACUUUCCCUGGAAACACAAAUUCCGAUGGGACUGUUCACCACAAACUCUCACACUCCAUAAGAACACGUUUUCUGCGGUUCUUGCCUGUGGAUUGGAGUCCCGGGGGAUGGAUGGGCCUCAGAGUGGAAGUCUAUGGCUGUGUAUACAAGUCGGAUGUCGCAGACUUCAAUGGCAGAAGCUCUUUGCUGUACCGGUUCAAUCAGAAGUCCACCAGCACGGUGAAAGACGUCAUCUCGCUGCGGUUUAAGAGCCAGCGUGCGGACGGGGUCCUUGUGCAUGGAGAGGGACAAAGGGGCGAUUACAUAACACUAGAGCUGCAUAAGGGCCGACUGGCCCUGCAUAUCAAUCUGGACGACGCUAAGACGCACCCCAGCAGUGGCCAUGUCUCUGUGUUUCUGGGUAGUCUUCUGGACGACCAGCACUGGCACUCUGUCCUGAUCGAGCGAUUUAACAAACAGAUCAAUUUCACUGUGGACAGACUAACCAAACACGUGAGGACAGGUGGGCUCGAUGAUUCGCUGGAAGUCGAUUAUGAGCUCAGUUUUGGAGGCAUCCCUCUUCCUGGAAAACCAGGCACGUUCCUGCGGAAAAACUUCCAUGGAUGUAUGGAGAACCUCUACUACAACGGUGUCAACAUCAUCGACCUAGCCAAACGACGCAAACCUCAGAUCUACAGUGUGGGGAACGUGACUUUUACCUGCUCAGAUGCUCAACUGGUUUCCGCCACCUUUCUGAGUUCCAGCAGUAAUUUUUUGUCGCUUCCACUGGAUGCUGCCACGGAAACGCUGUCGGUGACCUUCCAGUUCCGAACGUGGAACCGGGAAGGGAUGUUACUGUCAGCCUCGCUGAGGCGAGAGUCGGAGAGACUGCUUUUGCUUCUUGUUCAUGGGCAGCUUAGAUUCACUCACCACAGAUCAGCACUUCAAAGCUCUGACAUAGUCAUCGGUCAGGCUCUGAGUGACGGUCAGUGGCACACGGUGGCCAUUAGCGUGGGAGGUUUCCAAGUUUCCCUCUCAGUGGACGACGAGCCACCAUCCACCAUGCAGCUGAAGGAGAUCGCACAGCCUGGGAAGAGCGUGCUAAUUGGCGGUUGCCCAUCAGUGUUAACCAAUCAAGGUUGUCGGAAUCCGACACUGGCCUAUCAAGGCUGCAUGCGUUCUGUUAUCAUUAACAACCAGCCAAUCAACUUCUACCUGGUGCAGCAAGGCUUGCUGGGAAACUACAGCAAGCUCCAGUUUGACAUCUGUGGCAUUCGUGACAGAUGUCUUCCUAACUAUUGCGAGCAUGAUGGGGAAUGUUCUCAGUCCUGGAACACAUUCUUCUGUGACUGCUCGGGAACUGGGUACACGGGAGCCACCUGUCAUAACUCCAUCUUUGAACCCUCCUGCGAGGCCCACCGGCUCACAGGAAGUGCCUCAGGAUAUUUCUCAAUCGAUCCCGAUGGAAGUGGACCGCUCAAAUCCACCGUAGUCUACUGCAACAUAACCGAUGAUAAGGUUUGGACGGUAGUGAAUCACAACAGCACAGAGAUGGUGAGAGUUCAAGGGUCAUCCCUUCAAAAGCCCCACGUGAUGAAGUUCAAUUACAGUGCGUCUCUGGAACAGCUGCGGACUCUUGUGGGCAGGUCUGAACAGUGCCAACAGGAAGUUGUUUAUCUCUGCAGGAAGUCCCGCCUCUUCAACACAUGGGAUGGGACGCCCUUGUCCUGGUGGCUGGACCGGGCGGGAGAGAGAAGGACGUACUGGGGUGGAUUUCUCCCCGGGGUGCAGCAAUGCGCCUGCAGCCUAGAUGAGAACUGCAUCGAUAUGAACCACUUCUGCAACUGUGAUGCUGACCGCAGCUCAUGGGAGAAUGACACAGGAGUUUUGUCCUACAAAGAGCACUUACCAGUGACAGAGAUCUUGGUAGGAGACACAAACCGAACCGGGUCAGAAGCUAUAUACAGAGUCGGAUCUCUCCACUGCUACGGGGACAGGUUUCUGUGGAACGCCGCCUCCUUCUACCAGGAGUCGUCCUACCUGCACUUCCCUACGCUUCAGGCCGAGCUCAGCGUCGACAUCUCGCUCUAUUUCAAAACAACUGCUCCCUCCGGAGUCUUCCUGGAAAAUCUGGGCACAAAAGACUUCAUUAGAGUGGAGCUCAGCGCGCCUUCUGUCGUGACCUUCACGUUUGAUGUGGGCAAUGGCCCUGUGGUUCUGACGGUAAAGUCUCACGUGCCGCUGAACGACAAGCAGUGGCAUUACGUACGAGCGGAGAGGAACGUGAAGGAAGCGUCGCUGCAGGUGGACCAGCUGCCCUUGCGCUUCCUGGAGGCCCCAUCUGAAGGCCACACCCACCUUCAGCUCAACAGCCAGCUGUUUAUUGGAGGCACGGCAUCGCGGCAGAGAGGAUUUCUAGGGUGCAUCAGGUCAUUAAAUAUUAACGGCAUGACGCUUGACCUUGAAGAACGGGCUAAAAUGACCCCUGGGGUCAGUUCGGGGUGCCCGGGCCACUGCAGCAGCCAAAACAGCUUGUGUCACAACAGGGGGAAAUGUAUUGAGAAAAGCAGCGGCUAUGUUUGUGACUGCACACACUCUGCCUACGGAGGACCCAGCUGCAAGAAAGAAGUUUCCGUGUCCUUUGAAAGUGGGUCUUCGGUGACCUACACCUUCCAAGAACCGUUUUCCGUGAUGCGCAACCAUAGUCCUCAGUCCUCAGCUAUCUUCGCCCAAAGCAGCAAUUCACGAGAGAGCAUCGCAUUCAGUUUCCUCACCACUCAAACGCCGGCCAUGCUUCUGACAGUCAACACCUAUCAUCAACAAUAUAUGGCCAUUAUUCUGGCUCACAACGGGAGUUUGCAGAUUUGGUAUCGGUUGAACAGAGAGAAAGAGCCUGACAUCUUUACGCCAACAUCUCUUAAUUUGGCUAACGGAGAGCUCCACAGAGUCCAGAUCCAUAGAGAAGGAAGGGACAUGUACGUCCAGAUUGAUAAAGAUACCAAUCUGAAAUACAGCCUGUCCACGGACAAAGAGUUAAUCACGAUAAGGUCUUUGACAUUGGGGAAAGUCACAGGUCGAGCUGGUGUAGAUGAGGAGGUUCUCCAAGCAGGGUCAAAAGGUUUCAUCGGCUGUCUGUCUUCAGUUCAGUUCAACCAUUUGGCUCCUCUCAAGGCGGCCAUAUUGAAUCGAGGCAGCUCGUUGGUCAACGUUCUUGGUAACCUGGUAGAGUCAAAUUGCGGAGAGCUGGCGGAUAAGUCUUCGUCCAGAUCUUUUUCAGAUCACGCAGAUACAGGAAGUAGAGGGAAGAAACUUACGAACUCUACCCAGAAUGAUUCCGCAGUAAUUGGAGGUUUGAUAGCAGCAGUAGUGCUCAUUACCCUCUGCGCCGUGGCCGUGAUGACCCGUUUCCUGUACCGCCAUCGACACGAACGUAACCGUCAGCUGGCCACUGUCAAGGAGAAAGAUCACCAGCCCAGGCCAGAACUCCGAUAUCGGGCCGAGUUGGACCUACACAGUGCCAUGAGGGACAGCAGGAAAGAGUACUUCAUCUGACCUGUGGCAUACGAACUCGUGACCCCCACUGAGUCGCUGUGACCCUGUGUUGUGCGCCAACUCAGUGGACAGGGAUCGGGGACAGGAAGUCAGCUGAGCCUCGUGGACACAGCCAGUGCCCUUCACCCUCCCAACCACUGUCCUUUAGCAUCCAGGAUUCAGGGAACAGAAAGUUCACAACACAGAUACGUUGAACUAUAGUGGUACGUAAGCAGCGAGGCGGAUUUUAACAGACGGGGUUGAAUUCGGUGGUUAUUUGCUGCAGUUUUAAACAAAAUGUUCCCAAGAGUUAGAAGAUCAGGUGGCUUCAAAGCUCUGAAGCCGUACCCAAACAUGGCCUUCAGCCCUUCGCAGAGGAUGGAGAAUCAAACAUUUGAAGCGACUCUUUUGCUUUCAGGGCUAAUUAUUUAACCAGACAACAAAGAGAUUACAGGAUCGUUUGUGUGCGCACACAUGCGAAUCACUCUGGCAGACAAACAAACACUCGACGGUUCCAUUCUGUGGACCGUGACCAAUCAAACAGCUCUGGUGCCGUACUAAUCCGGCACGAAUGGUCUUGUUCAGCCACGGGCGAGCACAAUGUAGUAAUGCAAAUAAAGUGGGUGAUGUUACCAGUGAGGCUCUUUCACUUCCUCCUUCCUUUGCUCUGUUUCUACAUUCACUCCUAUUUCCUUUCCUAAGGACUACUUGAAACGGCAUUCACAAUGCAUUUAACUUUACAGUCAUGUGACGAAUCUCAGAGGGAAAGAGAGGGAAUUAAUGACUUGAUUGUAUCCAUGAUUGAGUCGUGAAACGUAGGUAUUAUGUUCCAGAAUGGAAGGGGUGGUUGGAGGGGCUGGAUCUAUGAUGUCAUCUUAAAAGGAGGCGGAGCAAGUUUUUGUUUGUUUUUUGUUUUUUUGAGUAAUUUGCACCAAUGUUGCACCAAUGUCAUUCAAAAUUCCAAAAUACAAGGGACCAUUUAAUUAAUGUUAUGUGUUAUAGCUCAGUGAAACUGAAUAUUUAGAAAGAAAUAAUGUAGAGUGGGACUUUUUUUAUUUUAUUCGGCAAGAUUUGAUUAGAUCAUGAAAAAUAGACUUGACAUUUGUCAUUAUUUUUUUCUGCCUACAUGGCCUUAGUUGCAUCAACAGAAAAGUUAAGCUGUAUCAGAUGUGGAAUAAAGUAAAGGUUAAUCUUUAAUUUAGAUCAGUCUUUAAAGACCCGAUGAAAUGAUUUGACACAGCUUUCUUUCCUGUGCUGACGUAUUUCCUGUUGAAACAGGAAAGUGAGGCAUGAUAUAUCAAAGGAGCUUUACCUUUAUGCUGUAAACUACUCUUGGCUAUUUCAUGUAUUCAUGGCUAAAUCCUGAUUUUCUUCUGAUUUUGCUAAUCAAUUGUAGUUGGUAUCUGGGGAGGGAAAUUCUCAAUCUAGUGGAUUUUAUUUGGACACAAAUCUGUGUAGUCCAAGAUGGGUCUUCUAGUAGAUGAAGACUGUAAAUUUGAAAUGCGUAGAGGUGCUAAACGUUUAUUUAGUCCAUUUUUAAAGGUGAGCUAGCAUAUAAACGGCAUCAAAGCUAAUAGAAUUGACCUUACAAGCAGCAGAACACCGAUUUUGAUUUCAUAGGGUCUUUAAGGAACGUUAUAGGGUCAAUUUUGAUUUUAUGUUUUCUAAGACUCAUUUGUCCAGUGCAUCUGUUUCUGGUGCUAUCACUCCAUCAAAUGCUCUUACAGAUUUUCUUUAUGGAAGUGUAUGUCUGAUGCGCCCUAUAAGGAUGUUCCAGGCCCUAACGCAACCUCUAAAAUCUGAGGUUGCUUGGAAGAUAUGCUGUUACAGAACCACAAAAAAAAAAAAAAUGUUGAAAC